GGCAUUUUCUCCCCUCCUUAGAUUGCAGAAGCUUUUUUUUUUGCCUCCAUAGUAUUUUGGUUUUUGGGUCAAGAAAUUCGCGAGGGUGUGGGGGAAUUCGAGGCGAGGGUUUGCAAAAAUCAGGGGAAUUUGGUGGCCCCUUCCGCGGUGAUCGAUAAUUUUACGCUUUAUUCGCGAGGAUUUUUAGGGUUUAUCUUGGGGUUUUCGUUUUCCCCGCCGUAUUUCGUAGAGGAAAUUCGUCCUUGUGGAAAUUUCUUUUUUUAUUUGGGUUUUCUUCCGUGCUACUGUGAAAUUGGGAAUCUUGUCAGAGAAAGGAAGAAGGAAAAGCGAAAACAGGGGGGAUUUUGUACCUCGAGCUUGUUCUUCUGGUGCUCACUUGCGAGUCGGCGAAUCUUGCGGGUGCUUGGCUGCGGCGGGAUCGAAAGGAGGAACCUUUUCUUGGUUGCUCUGCUCGUGCUGUGUGCUUGCGAGGCGGAGCCAUGUCGUCGGCGGCCGAAGCGGCGUACGGCGGUGGCGUGCAGAAGGGGGCGCUGCAGCAGCACCAGCCCGGCCCCGGCGCGCUCCUCUACCCCCACAACGGCGUCGCCGUCUACAGGAAACCCGCCAUUCCGCCGUUCUACCAGCAGCCCGCGGCCAGCAAUGCCGCCGCGCCGACGGCGCCCACCCGCUCCUCCGCCAGUGCUGAGCCUCUCAAGCGCAAGCGCGGACGCCCGCGCAAGUAUGGCCCCGCGGACGGCGCCCAGCCGCUGGCUGUCGUGUCCCCGUCCCAGCCAGCUCCUGCCCCAGCUGAUGUUGGCACCAACUCUGGCGCGUCACCCAUGCUUCCUCCCGGCUUCUCUCCGAGCCCGCAGGGUGGGGGUGUGGUGAGUCCCCGAGCAUCUCCGGCGGCGGCGCCGCCGCUUUCUGUGUCAAAUGCUUCACCGGCCAAGAAGAGGGGCCGGCCGCUAGGCUCCACUAACAAGAAGCCGCAGCCGCAGGCGGCAGCGCCAGGACCAGGUUGGGCCGGAUUGAAACCUCAUGUUUUCACAGUCCAAGCUGGAGAGGAUAUAGCGUCAAGAGCCAUGUCAUUUUCUGGGAACGGAUGGGCAGUUUGUAUCCUCACAGCUAAUGGCGCUGUAUCCAAUGUGACCCUGCGUCAAGGUGAUUCUUCUGGUGGAACAGUAACUUAUGAGGGCCGUUUUGAGAUUCUCUCUUUGGCUGGCUCAUAUCUGCUGUCAGAAAGUGCUGGGAUGAGCAGUCGAACAGGUGGACUUAGUGUCUCUCUUUCUGGUCCUGAUGGGCGUGUUUUAGGUGGUGCCGUAGCAGGACCUCUAACUGCAGCUUCGCCAGUUCAGGUGGUCAUUGGGAGCUUUCUGGCUGAUGGGAAAUUGGAGCUUGAUCCUGGAUCAUCACCUGACAAAACUGUUUUCGGUGGGUUUCCUACUGCCAGCAGUCCAUCAUCGAGGGGUAAUGAAUCCUCUGGUGGGCAUGGAAGCCCGCCGAAUCCUGCUGCCUCAUUCAAUACGGGCAGCCAACCAAGCUUUCCUAACUACCCUACAUGGAAAUGAGCUUUACCUGAAUCUUACUGUCCGCCUGCCCCAGCUGUGGGGACUAGACUUAAAUUGCUGUUUUAGGUACUCCUGAAGGAACUGGUGGUUUUCAGGCUUCAAUGUAGAUUGUUGUCUUGUAAUGUGCCAUUUGGUUAGGUUUAUGCUUAUCGAUCCUUUUUCGGUACUUCUAACUGGUUACAAUGAAGUUUUAGCUUGUUGCUUCGCAUGAUAUGCUACAACGUAGAGGUACACAAGGUGAUCGUAACUUAAUGUUAAUUGGAUGGGUUAUUUAUCAAA